AUGAAGACUGUGGUCGCACUUGGCAUGCUCACCACGAUGGAUGAGACUUAUGACCAUGAUGAUGGUCCUGGUGGCGUCGGUGGUGAUGACGAUGAGAGAUUUCUGGUGACGAGGAUCUUCAUGAGGCUGACGAUGGUUUGGCGUGACCUCCUCCGGGGCUGCACCUUUCAACUGCAAGAGCGCCAAAUCAGCCAGAUUGGCAACGCCGGCAAGGAUUGCCCGGAGUCUUGCCGGAAUGGCUGCCCCAGCUGCAAUGGCGACUGCAUCGGCUGUGAUUUCUGCGACCCGAACCGCUCGGGGCCUUUUGGCAAAGCCGCUGAGUACUGCAAGGCCGACCUGGAGGCUUCUGACCAGGAUGGCACGCUCCUUUGGUCGCCGCCCCCUUCCAAGGGCCUCCAGACUGUGGCGGGAAUGCCCAUGGAUGUCAACUGCCGAGCGCCCUGCUACGAAGUCUGGUUCUCUUCAGUGCCAUCCUUUUCGGGCUUUCAGACGCAGAUCGUGAGGGGAAACAACUCCCUGGUCUUGCCCGAGGUCUCCACCGCGGCUUACGCACGUGUCCGAGCACUUCAGUUCUCCGAGGUCACGGGUGAGGUGGGCCGGAGUGCGUGGAGCAAUCCCAUCAGCUGGGGUGCUGGGGGCGCUGAGGUGGCGGUGCCGACCACGGUGAAGACCAGCACGUUUACAACGCGAACUUUCACGUCAAUCACUUUGACCACGACUGUGUCGACCUUACCUCCGGACGCCCCAACGACGAUGCAACCUCUCUGGGCACUGCCAGCCUCCCGACUGCCAGGGGGGGCAUCGGGCAGUGCACCGGACGGUGUCGAGGCCACCCUGGGCUUCGCGGUGGCCCCCGCUGCCGUCGAGAAGCUCGGCACAGCGAAGGGGCAACAAGAUCUCCAGGCAAGCAUCGCGGCAAUGCUGCAAGUCGACCGCAUCAAGGUGUCUCUCCUCGAGGUGAGGGCAGCCUAUGCCGUCAUUGGCGGGCCCAAAGCUGGCCGCCGGCUCAGAGGAGCUCCAAAGACGGGCGGCCUGCAGGCCGACUUCGUGGUGCUUUGCGCCGACGCCGCCGAGCGCCACGCGAUGACUGAGGCUAUCGAGGCUUCAGUCAGAUCUGGGGCUGGAGAGCGGUUUGCACAGCAGCUGGAGGCGCUCUCCGGCACUGCUGUGCGGGCUGACGAUGUGCACUGUGCCAUGGUCAACAGGGAGUGGUCCCGAUCCAUGGCGCAGCUGCCCAGCGAAGGGCGCGACUCCCUGACGGUGGUGUCGAAGCCCCGAGAUGCGCAGGGAAGGGGGCGAUCCCUUUUCGGUAUCCACCAUCUCUCCCUUAUCGCCGUUGCGCUGGCGCUCUGUGUGAGCUGCCUGACCUUUGCCACCUGCGCGUCGCAACGCGGCAAUGCCUCCCAGAAGGAGACGGAGCCGUUCUUGAGCGGCGGGACGUGGGACUCUGACAGCAGCCCCGAGCCCGAGAAGGGCUUCGCGCCUGCGGGGACUCGCGGCUUCGAUCCGAAGCGCUUUGACCGGCAGAAGUAUUUCCAGCGCGCGGGCAUGGCCUCGAGCCAAAGCUAUCAGUCACAAAGAUUCGGCUGA